AUGGAAGAGAUUAAAGAGAGUUCUGGAGCUCUUAGAAGGCCAAGAGAAAAUGAAAGUGAUAAAGAAUCUCAAAGUACUUAUCCUAAAAAAUCAAUUAAUGACAAGUUAACGCUCAUGACGCAACAUGCGAGCAAUAGAGCUAAAAAAUCAGAGCUAAAAAUUCACAUUAAUGAACUCGAAAAAUUGGUCCAUUGGCAUGGACUAGAAGAAGAACAGCUAUCAGAUCUUUUGGAUCUAGUAUUUAGUGCAAAGCUUGAUGCUGUGGAUACCAAACGGAUUAUCAAGUUGCUUAUUCCACGACGAAAAAUUUCCGAAAAUCUCGUGAUAAAAAUAUUGGGAAAACUAGGAUAUGGGUUGGUAACUCACCCAAUUCAGGUGAAAAGAAGAAAAGUCGAUGAAAUAAUAAUUCCAAGGGCUCAAACAUCAAACGUGACCGAGAAAUCAGUUACUAUCGACGAUGUUAUCAAUUUUAAGCAACUCGCUUCUAAAAUUGACAAACUUGAAUUACCCAAUCAACUAGCGUCUGCUCUAGAUAACCGGAUGCUACAGCAUAUACUUAUUUGCAAUCCUGAAAGGAUCACCUUGACGCGAAUAACUAAUUGGUUAUCACAAUGCCUUAUGGAAUUGACGUAUUGGAGUGACCAAGAUAUAGAGACAAAAAAUCGUCUAACGAGUUUAUUGGAAAAACUUAUUGUAAUGACUGAAUUUAUUAAGGAAUUACUUCCUAUUUUUGAAGAUUUUCUCAAAAAAUUUAUUAUAACCUGGAAUGGUGAACAGAAUCAAGAGUUAAUUUUCAAAUUGUUAACUUAUAUAAAACCGCAAGCGUUUAAUGAUUUAUAUCAAGAUUUUUUGUUUCCUUUGCAUAGACUCUUUUAUGUAUCAUCAGCAGAAUGGAAGGCAAAAUUAAUACUAUGUUAUGUAACAUUGCUUCGAUAUUGGGCUUCGCUGAUAGCGAUAAAAAGUGAUAGUCAAGAAUCCCUGGAUCAAACUAAUGAUUCUGCCAAACACUUUAUUUUCGGGCAAAUGGAUCCUAGCCUUGAUUAUAUGGAAAGCAUCCAGAAAUUUAUAUUAUACUGCGAUGAUAUCUCAAUCACUUCUUUAGAGGCGGAAAAUGACGAUAUAGUGAUUCAACAUGCAGUUCUAUCGUUCUAUGAAUCCGUGGUCUCGCUACAACUAGAAAAUAGUUGGGAUAAAAUAGUAAUGCCAUCUUCAUCAAUUGUUUAUCGUUGUUUCUUUUCUUCCUCUGGCAUGGCAUUAUCGAGAAUUUGUGCAAUCGUCUUACAUUAUAAAGAAGCCUUUGAUAAACGAGAAAAAAGAGCUAUUCAGCUCGGAAUAUUUCGCCAUAAUCGAAGCUACGUAAAUCAUUUCAAUUCAUUUGUGAUGGACAUUUGCAAUUGCUUAUGGCGGAACCGCCCUUUUAGCAAGACGGACAAAAAUUCUAAAGGGUUUCAAUUGGACAACGAAGUGAUUGAAAAUAUUAAAGAAAUUUGUGGAGGAAAUUCUUGGGUCUCUCAUUUUUCAUUGACGCAUUUAUUAUCAUUGUCAUCUUAUUCCAAAAACUGCAUCACUGAAAUAGAAAAUUCCACUCCUAACUUGAUAAAGGAACAAAUCUCUCCGAUAACUUUACAGUCAUUAAAAGAAUCUGCAAAGCUUGGCGGGAUCAAGUUAACCUUCUCAGAAUACCGGGUCAUUUUUUUGAAUUAUCUCUUGGAUCAAGGCUUCUUUGGGUUACAUGCAUUCCUAUACAAUUCUUUAACUUCAUUAUCAAAAAUGAAGCCGCAAUCUUGA